GAUGACAUCAGAGUAGGGAGGGAGGGCCUUCCACGUGAGGUAGAUGCCGGAGACCGGCUCGGUAUAAAUACCUGCAGUCCAGUGCCUGGGGAAGAAGCAGCUGCCUCUCAGACAGACUCCACAACUAAGGAUAUACCAGCACAGUGCCAGCAGCCUCCUGACCUCCUCAACCGUUUCUCUGGAGCGUAAACCUUCCCGGUUUAGCUUCCCAUGAUGGACCUGAAGGUAGUAACAAGCCUUCUCCUCGUCCUCCUCGCUUUGGCUGAGGCUGAACGGUACUACCAUAUGCCAAAGAAUACCAAGUCGGCCUACCCGGUGAAGAGCCGAGCCGUUGCAGGCCAGCCAGGUGCUCCAGGUGAGCCAGGACAGCCAGGACAAAUGGGGCCCUCUGGACCUCCUGGAGAGAGGGGUAUGGGACAUACUGGCCAACCAGGCUCUUCAGGUCCUCCCGGACCCCCUGGCUACUCUCAAGGUGGCAAACCCGGUCCCUCAGGUGGCCAUGGGAAACCAGGUAGCUCUGGCCUCCCUGGUCAGAAUGGCGAACGUGGCGCAACUGGACCAAUGGGUGCCAGAGGUGCACCUGGUUCGCAUGGAUCCCCUGGACCUGCUGGACUUUCCUCAAGUGGAAAACCUGGAGCGGCUGGCUUCCCUGGAGCAGGGGGGCCAAGAGGUCAGUCUGGUUUGAAGGGACAUCCUGGUGUUCCAGGUCUUCCUGGGUCCAAAGGAGAUCGAGGCUUUGGAGUUCCUGGGUCUCAAGGAUCAACAGGCGCAGUUGGAUCAAUGGGCCCAUCUGGAAUGCCCGGCAAACCUGGAGUUGGUAGAUCCGGUGCCACCGGCUAUCCCGGAGAACCAGGCAAGGGUGGUGUGUCAGGAAGAGAUGGCGCUCCUGGGCCAAUGGGUGCGCAAGGACCAAAGGGUUACACUGGGGCUCCAGGUAUCGGAGCAUCAGGAAAACCAGGCCAGAAUGGUAACCCAGGUAUGCCUGGAUCUAUGGGUCCUAAAGGCUCACAGGGAUCAGCUGGUCAGCCCGGCUCAACUGGCAGGUCAGGUGUUGGCAAAACAGGUGAACACGGAUUACCAGGUAGCAGAGGAUCCCCCGGUACUUCAGGAACCACUGGUCAGAAAGGAGAGCCAGGCCCAACUGGUUUUACUGGUCAGCCAGGUGCUCGUGGUUCUAAUGGCAAAGCUGGUUCACAGGGUGCAACAGGAUACCAUGGUGAGGGAGGCCGACAGGGACCUAAAGGCGACACUGGUUUGGUCGGUGCACCAGGUUCAAAGGGAACCAAGGGUGAACAGGGAGCUCAAGGUUUCACUGGAAAACCAGGUUCUCCAGGGGCAGCAGGUUCUUCAGGAAAUCCAGGGCAUAGUGGUCCUCAGGGUCAAAAGGGCACACAGGGCCAUGAUGGUCCCUCAGGAAUCCCUGGUGCAAAUGGUACCCCAGGACCAAAAGGACACACAGGCCUCACAGGAGGACCAGGAAAAGGUGGUGAGAAUGGAAGGCCAGGAUCUUUGGGCCAAGUUGGGCCCCCCGGUCCAUCAGGUCCCUCUGGAAUUAAGGGCCAUCCAGGUUUUCCAGGCACACCUGGCCCAGCUGGCAUGACAGCUAAGGGAAUUUCUGGUCCUAUGGGCCCAAUUGGAAAUCCUGGUGCCAGAGGUCAAGAUGGUCGUACAGGACCUGCCGGUCCCCCUGGUCCUCCUGGCCAACCAGGAGAGCUUAUCUACCAGCAUGAGAAGAGCAUGCCAAUCAAGUCCCAAGAGGUUGUAAUGUCUCAUGAGAUGGUGAAAGCUCCCAUGUCUGCCUUCAGUGCAGUGCUGACCAGGGCCUACCCCUCAGCUGCAACUCCUAUUCAGUUCAACCAGGUCCUUUACAACGGAGAGCACCAUUACGAUGAUCACACUGGUGUGUUCACCUGCCAGAUCCCAGGCCUCUACUAUUUUAGCUAUCAUGUGCAUGUCAAUGGUGCCAAUGCAUUGGUGGCCCUCUACAAAAACGAGGAGCCAGUUAUGUUCACCUACGACGAGUACAACAAAGGCUUCCUGGAUCAGAUGUCAGGCAGUACUGUUCUUAUGUUGGACGGCGGUGACAGAGUCUACGUCCAGGUCCCCGAUGAGGACAGUAAUGGCAUCUUUGCAGCAGAUAAUGUUCACUGCGUAUUCUCUGGCUUCUUGAUUGCCUCUACGUGAUUUCACAAAUCCAAAUAAACCUCAAAACCUUACAAAACAUUGAACUAAUAAAUUCCAAAAUUAGAUCGUAGAUUGAAACAAUAUAUGAUUGCAAUUUUAAUAUGGACUUAACUUAAUUUUAACUGGCUCAUUUCAAAUAUUUACAAUAAAUAAUGUGCCAAAAAAAUUAUUGAUUUACAGAAGUAUUAAUGAGUAAAAUUUUGAAAUAUAUGGUUUUAAUUGAUCCCUUUUCCCACUUCACUUUGUGCCUUCCUUUGUAAUUCAAAGAAACAUAAAACAGUAUUGGAUGAUAUCUUAAGUGGUGCUUUUCAACUGCCUGUAACAUUUACAGCACAUCUUUUAUUUGCGUUUGUUUUUAUUAAUGUCUGUUUUUUAAGAAUUGUCAUGUAAUAUACAUACAAAAAACACGAAAUGUGCAUAGUACACUCUCACAAGCACUGUGAUCAGCGAAACAACACAGAUUUAGAAAUUCAAACUGCAUUUUUUUUUACAAAUAACUAUGUCCCAUUGUAUGUGUUAAGUUAUGUACCACUUACUGACCAAAAUACAGAAUAAAACUAGUUUGAAAAAGAAAAAAUA